AUGUCCUGGCCAGCGAACACAACCCGCUCGAGAUCGUAUACGAAGAAGGACCUCACUGCUUUACCACAAUUGCCUGUCCCGAAAGAUAUCGUCGUACCAGCACAUCUAUUGAGCCUUACAAGCGACCGGCAAUCAUGGAACCCAAACCGCGAAUACGGCAGGGAGUCGUCCUCAGAGCGUGAGGACUCCAGAGACGGAUUUGACGUUACGCGCAUCGCCCAGCGGCAGCAUAGCAUCCUUCACCAAGCUCGGCAACGGGCAAGAUCGACCACGGCUGAACGUCCUGCGUACCUUCGGAACACAAGUCUGCCCAUCGUACCAGGGCGCUCUUUGCAAAGCCUCAUACAAGACGACAACGAUAAAUUUGCUGUACAGUCAAGAAAGCGACGAUCUGCGCCUCCUGUUCCCACGAUCCCGCCCGUCCACCUUGCACCGGAGCGUGCAAUAUUGUUUGAACGUUUGGACGCCAAGCGCACCAGUCGAGCUUCGCGGACGUCUCAGGUCAUUCUUCCUGACCAAGAGACCGACGCUGCUCAAUCCGAGAGCGAGUGCACUGGAGAAGAAGACCCAUUUUCUGCCGAGCAAUUUAUUGUUCCGGACUUCGGUAGCAGGCAUACGAGCUGCGAGUAUUCCCAUGGUGGAGAUCUUGAGGCAGGUCGGCGAGAGGAUGGCGAUAGUUUAUACCAGACGACGUCGAUUGUUCGGCGAAUCACAACGAACCGUUCCGUCCAGGUUGCCAAAGAUGCGGUGUCGGGGAUGAUGCGAAAGAGCAGCAUGCAUCAGACGUACGAGAAGGCGAAAGCUCGUGGUGAGUAUCUGCAGCGGAAGAAGUGGGUGCAGUAUCUUUUCGAGUACACAGUGUACGCCUUGCUGCUCUGUUUCAUCUACUUCGUCCUGGUUGGUCUCCCAUUGUGGAGAGGCGCGGUCUGGUGGUUCUACUGGGUUGUGGCUACGAAAUUUGUUGUCUCGGGUACAUGGUCCAUCACCAUCGGUCUAGCUGCAUUCUAUGCUUAUGCGCCAUUACUCAUUCAAUUUGAAAAGGAACCUCCAAUGCCGGGAAACGUUGCAAACAUAGACCCAGCUAAAACGCCAGGUGUGCACAACACUGCACUACUCAUUCCCUGCUACAAGUCGGCGAAUAUCAUAGGGCCAACUUUGCAAGCUGCACUGAAGAUAUUCGCUGCGCACCAUAUCUAUGUGAUCGCGAAUGGCAACUCGCCUACACCACUCGACAAUACCGAGGAGGUUUGUCAGCUGUACGGUGUCAACCACAUUUGGUCGCCAGUGGGCAGCAAGAUUGUGGCACAGUUCGUCGGCUGCUAUGCGGCCAAGCAGUUCGAGAAUGCUCUGCUGAUCGACGACGACUGCGCUCUGCCUGCGAACUUUCCGAUCGUUAGUGAGAGACUUUCCGAGAAAGUCAAGGUCAUUGGAUACACUAUCAAGUCAGUUGGGCCGGACGGUAGCAGAGGCACGCUGUGCCAACAAGCACAAGACAUCGAAUACAAGAUCAGUGGCCUGCAACGAGCAUUCGCAGGCAUGAUCGGCUCAGCCACAUUCCCGCAUGGCGCGAUCUCGCUGUGGAACACCAAGUUCUUGAUCCAGACAUUCCACACGCACCCGGGAUUUUCGGUCAGCGAGGACUGGUUCUUUGGCCAUGCCGCUCGGAAGCUAGGCAGCCGAAUCAAAAUGUGCACCGCCAUCUUCGUCGAGACCGAGACACCUUCGGCCAUCUUCUUCGCUGGUGGCGGUUCUCGUGGAGGCUUCGGUGAGAUGACCAUCUUCAAGCAACGUUUCUUCCGUUGGAACUUCUUCUUCGUGAAUGGAAUAUGGUUCAACUUAUCUUAUAUCUUCGGCAGCUGGAAGCUCGGCUGGUGGGAGAUCGGCGCCAAGCUCUUUGUCUUCCAGGAGGUAUACGAGACAUUGCUAUACCUGCUGGCUCCUUUUGUGGUGCCCAUUUCGUUCGUGGUCAAGCCAGCGUUCUGCGGAUAUCAAACUCUCGCCACCAUUGGACUAUACUAUGUCAACGUGACGAUCUUCAACGAAAUCCAUCUUCGCAGGCGGAAUGAGCGUGUCGGCUUCAUCGCUCUAUAUGUCUACUACACUGGGUAUAAGAUGGUGCUUACCGGAAUCAACAUAUUAUCCUGUUACUGGUCGCUAUUCAAACACCCAAAGGUCAUCGAAGAUGAACGUGCUGUAGAGGUAGUGCUACGCCUCGAGGAUGCCACACCACCGAUGCAGCGCAAAGAGAGCCUAGCCCGUCAAAUGCACGUGACAGCAGUCGGGGCGCGGAUAAACAGCUUUUCAAAGAAUAGUCGUCUUAGCACACUGAGCAUACAGCCUGGCGAUGUGGCUGCUGAGGCUCGCUUGACUAGGACACCGGGUGCAUCUGGCAUCCCUACCAUGCCAAUGAUUCCUAGCGUGCCGGUCUCGAGCAAUGGAUCAGUCUCGGAUAGCCGAGGACAUUCGAUCGAUGGCGAUCAUGAGUUGAACGAAAAGUCUUCCUGGUAUAGUGAUAAGGCACCAUCGGAUCCCUUCACAGCACCUGAGGACUCAGAAGUCUUCGACUUUGCAACCUCGUCCGGCGCGCCGAUUACCAACAGUGCGAUGGCGAGCAAUAUACCUGCCCGACCCGAUAAAUCCGGGCCGACAUGA